UUUGUGUACUUUCGUUUCUGCUUUACGAACCUGAUUUCCUAAGCAUUUAUCUAAUCCAGUUGUAUUUCUGACAUUCUACACCUGUACAGUUCACAUUGGUUGAAUUACGUGAUGUCUUACUUCCUAUAUUAAAAUAUGUUGUACACGAGUUACAAUGAGAGUGUCUCCAGCUUAUCUGGUAUUUUGCCAGCAGUCUUCAACGUUUCAAAGAAAACGAAAGAUAAACGUUGAAGAGGGAAACAGUACAUAGCUGUGAUCGGACAAACAUGGAACAAGAAAAGCGUCACGAUGUUACAGACAGCGGCCUGAAAUUUGUUACUCGACCAUGUGACAUAACAUCAACCUUCUAUAUGCUAUUACAUAUCCACUUAGCCCUUGAUGAUGAUCCCAGAACCCAAAGAAUUGAAAUGUCUUGUGGCCAUGCUGCCACUCCCGAAGGUCUCACAGCCUUCUGUCGUAGUCUUCUGGAUCAGGCCAAGUACAAAUUCCUGUGUCCAGCACUAAAAAAUGGAACAACUAAUAGGUGCGGGGCCGAGUGGAAAUACAUGGAGGUGCGGAGGAUUGCUUUACUGACUCAGGAGGAGCAGAACUACUUUGAAGAAAAAAUGGCUGAACUGGCUGCAGCUAAAUACUGUGAAUACAAUCAAUGCCCUGGAUGCAAUUCAUAUGUUGAGAGGCAGGAUUUGACCAAUCUGUGUGUGCGAUGCAUCGUCUGUACAGCAGACAGUGGAAAGAGGUAUGAGUUCUGCUGGCAGUGUCUAAAGAUCUGGAAAGGGCCAGCACCCCGCUCAGACAAGUGUGAAAACAGCGGCUGUGUUAACCAAAAGCUCGAGAAGCUGUUAAAAUGUGAAGAUAUAAUUCUUCCUCAGGUUCAAAAUUUAAAAUGCCCUGCAUUGAGAGCUUGUCCUACAUGUGGAAACCUUGUAGAGCAUGACACAACAGGAUGUAAGAAUAUAAUAUGCAAUUGCUGCAAUAUUGAAUUCUGCUUUUCUUGCUUAAAGCUAAAAACUGAAUGCCUAAAAACAAGCUCAUACUAUAUACCUUGUUCAAAUGGAGUAGCGCCUCGGCAAACAUCCAUUCCAACAUGGAAAAAGUGAGCAACUGAGAGCAUGAAAUAUUCUAAACACCAAAAGGCACAGUUUUUAGCUUCUUUAUAUGUUUCUAUAGCAUAACCCAAAUUGUCAUUUUUAAUUUUAAUAUAAUACAAAUUCAAUAUGGGUAAAUCUAAAUUGUCCCAACAAUCUCCUCAAAUUAUUAUUUUUUUAAUUGUAAGUUUUUUUCUAAAUAUUAUUAUUAUAUAAAGCUAUAUAUAGCUUAUUAUAUAUUUUAUCAUAAAGCAUGUCUACAAAAAUAGAAAAAUGUAACAUAAAAAUAUUCCUUUUUUUAAUCGUUUUCUUGUGGGUUACUAAGUUUAAUUUGAGUUAUUUCUAUGAAGCCACCAGUUUAAGGUCUUGUCCUGUCAUUAUACAGUCACAUUUAUUAAAAGGUAUGUGUGUCAGAGUUUUCUUAGUAUAUCAGCUUUCUGUUGUUACUUGAUGUACUGGAUAUUCUGGUAAAUUAAAUAUUUUCUUUCUAAGAUGAUACAAAUUGAAUAUAUGCCAAGAUCUUACCUGUAACUUUCUUUUUCGCUUUGACAAAUCCUUUACAACAAAAAUCACAUGACGAAUGUGUGGAAUUUCCCUGUCACAUACCAACAACAAGGUUUCAGGCUUUUACUAUAACUUUAGUACUUUCAUAAAUGCUGCCACACCUGUUGUAUACUUGUUUGCAAGAUUAAAAAAAAGUCCUUGGAGGAAAUAUACAAUGGUUUAAAAACAUUUGAAUAAACACUUGCAUAAAAAAAAAUAUAUAUAUAUACAGUACAGACCAAAAG